GAAACGAUCCCCCCCUUCUCAUCCUCCUCCUCCUUCUCCUCCUCCUCUUCUCCACAAGAAUGUAUGAGAACGAAAUGACACGAAGGAGAGAGUGAGAACGAGAGUUACUAAGUUUCAUUCACUAGGUCUAUACGGGUUGUUGGAUAUUGCACUUGUAUUCAGUACGCCACGUGUUACCGUGUUUUCAACAAGUAGAGCGCUCGUUGGAUGUUGCUCAUUGAACGUGCGCUCAGAGUGUAGAAAACGUUGAAAACGAUUAGGUACAUGUAUCACGCAGGAAACAUCCAUAUUAUUUCCGUUAGUUUAGUGCGUUCGUUUCACUGUUGGAUUGCCUUUUCGCAUGGCACAUUGUCGAAGAGCGGUUUCGAUGCAACGACGCUAGUAUAUUUCUUCGGCUGCAGAUACUGAAGUACCAAACUCAUCCAACCUAUGUACAAGUGCUUAAAAGAUUUCAUAAAAUGAUAUUUUGCUGCUUGAAGUUCAUUGUAUCUAAGCGUAUGUGAUUGUGUUAGAUGUGAGCAUUAAAUUUAUGCUAUAGGAAGCUUUAGGCCAGUGUUCAUAGUAGAUGUGGACGUUUCUUAAACAAUAUUUUUGAAACAUCAUGAUUCAUGGAGAAUAUCUCGUAAUUACAGAAACAGCCUCACGAUCAACUUAAACAGUCAAAAUGGAAGCAAUGGAUAUAACAAAAAAACACACAUCGAAUUUGUAGAGUUUUCAACUGAGUGACCGUGUAUCAAAGUGAUGCGUUGAUACUGUUAUUCUAUUGCGAUUAUCGUUGGUUACUAAGUAUAUUCAAAACUGAGUUUUGUGAUUUAAAAAAUUAAUAAAACAAUUUGUGGAGGAUUAAAAGAUUUGUAAUAAAUGAGGCCUCCAUAACAACAACAUGCUUUUUAGUAUGUCUCAGAAUGUGCGCUUUAGAACUUACGAAACACAAGAGAUACGACCGGCCGUCAUAACGAAAAUGAAAAAAACUUACGAAACAUAUAAAAUGUUUUGUUCAUCUCGCGCGGUGGGUAUAGUGUAAUCUUCUGAAUGGGUAUCUAUUUUACAUUUAUUUAUUAGUAUUGCCUUAUGUUUUGCUUCCAAGCAUUCGGUGCAUAUCCGGUCCCAUUUCAAGGAUUGUUGUUUCAACUGACUUCACAUUAACUGACAAAAACCUAAUCCUUAGGAAUUGUUGCAUUUAGGUAGACAAAUAAGUUGGCGAUUGAAAAAAAUCGCUUGUUCUUAGAAGCACGAGAGCAUAUGUUCUUGCAUGAGUUUGUUCCAUAUAGUUAUACAAUGCAUACAAAUUAGGUAGGAAGAUGAAAAGUUUUUAUAAUCGUUAUAAAAUGCAUAUGUAAAUGUAGUCAAAUGCGUAUGCAAAGAGCAUAUUUUUUAAUACUUAUAGCGCAUUUACGAGUACAUAUCUGGGUUACUCGGCUAUUUCGAAUUAUGAGAAGACAUUUGCAGAUUAAAACUGUUUAUGGAAUCGUGGUUCUUCCGCUUUAUAUGCUAGCAAUCCAAUACUGAAAUUUACGAUGUAAUUGAAAAAGACUAGACUAACGCUUUCAAAUGGAGAAAUGAAAGCGUUUAAUUACAUAAAUACAAUUACAAAUACAAAGAGUAUAGCCCUAAACUGUUCAGAUAAUGAAAACACUCAAAAUUUUAGAUCAAUUUCAAGGACGAGAAUAAACUAUUUAAAUUUGAUUCAAUUUCACAGAUAAAAUUAACGGGAACGAUGUCAUCAAGUAUCCAGGAGAAUAGCGAGAAGAAGUGAACGAAUGAUUUUAAUAAUAACUAAAGAAAAUGAUCUAAUACAGGGUAAAAAGAAGAAAAUUUCCUUAUAACUAUAAAGAAUAAAAAGGUCCUUAGAAAUGAGCCCGCAUAAUUAAUUAAGAGCGAAAUAGAACUUCUCGUCGCAGUAAAAGCUUUUUGUACAAACUGUGUCCUUUGGGAGAGUAAGUUGUAUCGUUUUCUAUGUUUUGUUUUUAGGAUACAAAGAGAAAUGAACGAUGAUAUAGAGCGUCGUUAGUAUAAAAAUCAAUCCGAGUUCCUUGUGAUUAAAGUAAAUCGGAUCUGUGAUCGUCUUUUUUAUAUCCACUAUUAGGCCUUAAAGGGCGUAAAGGUUGGGCCGUUCGUUGUUAGGGUUUUAUCGUAAACACAACACUCACUCGGCGCAAAAAGCAUCACAACAACAAACCUGUUGCCUAACCUGAACAAAUGUUUUUUAACUGUUUACUACCAACAUUAAUGCUCAAAAUUUAUUUGCAGCUUGCUUAUUGUACAAAUUUAGAUCCUCCUGGAGAGUAAAUCAAUUUUUGGUUCCAAAACAUUUACACAUAUACAAAUUUCCCGCCUCCAAAGAGUGGACGCGCUUGGUACACACUAGCAUGUACUAACAAGCACUGACUAUAGCAAAAAAAACCAACACCUCUCGUUUGUGGCUUGAGGAAGGCACGUACAUAAACUAUUUUGGGUGAAAAUUAAUUUAAAAGCCGGUACCAAAAUGGACUGGCUGACACAAAUGAAAAAACAUCGCAUACGAAGCGAUUGGAAAUUUACGAACGUACGGGCCCCCUUGCUAUUGUUGCUCAGUAUCGGACGGAAGGAUUAGCUGGAAACAACACUUUUAAAGAGACCCUGAAAUCAUCCGCCAUUGCUUAUUUGAAAAGACCGUUAGAGGGAGGGGGAGUGGGGUUGUUUGUUUUUCUUUGAACUGUAACGCUUCCCAACAACAGGAGCGACAGAUUGUAACGCAGUCUAACCUUCGGUCAAGUUGUCCUUUUCCGUUUUUUCUUUCAUAUUUUGGUGUCAAUCACUAGGCUGUCUGAACUGUGAUGAUCAUACUCGAUUAAUGAUAAAACAAAUAAAAAAAAUGAGGUGUGUAUUUCUUUCUGUUUUACUAUUUUUACUUUGAUUAUUAAUUUAAUUAAACCUUAUGCCUCGAAUUCUUAUACAGACAUCCGUUGAAUGUGUAAAAUUAUUUCUUCCUCGUCAUGUUUUCGUUAACUUCUCAGUCGCUGGGAGUGGUUGUAAAAUUGUAAUAUAAACUUUUUUUAAUUUACCACUAUUCUUUCUUUUUUCCAAAGGUAUUAUGGUGCUAGAGUGAAUGUUGGUGAGGCAAUGCAGACAAGAGCAUAGUGUUUUAAUAUGUGAUUGGGUGGAUAUCCAUCCAUAGCAUAUUCCAUCCGUCGACAUUUAAAAAAAAAAAUCAUGCACAUAGAAAACGACCGGCAGCAUGAACGAAACACAGUAAGGAGUGGUCGACAAACAGCGGAAUAAAGCAGCGUAUUUAUCCUUGACAGAAAAAUCGUCACUGUUAGUAUCGUCACUGCCAUGCGGCCAGGUUCUAGUGCAGAAAUCAGUGUCUUACGAACGAAUCGCGAUUCACAGUUGUUACUAUCAACGGUAACUUCGUUGAUUGCAAGUCCGAGAACGCUUCUGAAUGGGCGCUAUGAAACGCACCACUCAAGUGACUUAGUUCUCCCCAGCAGUGUGAGUAUGUCGUUCAUGAACAUGUCUCACGAGCUGAUGCAUGUCUUAACAAUAGAAAACGACAGUAUUUUACCCGAUGCGGUAGAAAACUUGACCGAGCUGUAUGGACCGAAACGCGACCCACUCUACGUGGUAAUCCCAAUCACGGUCUUCUAUCUGCUGAUCUUCCUCACUGGUGUCAUCGGCAACAUCAGCACGUGCAUCGUGAUCAGUCGCAAUCGGUCUAUGCACACCGCCACAAACUAUUAUUUAUUUAGCCUAGCUAUUUCCGAUUUUCUCUUGCUUGUGUCCGGCGUCCCGCAAGAGAUCUACUUUAUUUGGAGCAAGUACCCUUACGUGUUUGGUGAAACGUUUUGCGUGCUACGUGGCAUUGCUGCAGAGACGUCUGCCAAUGCGACCGUUCUUACGAUUACUGCUUUCACGGUAGAGCGGUACGUUGCCAUCUGCCAUCCGUUUCUCUCACAUACGAUGUCCAAGCUGAGUCGUGCAAUACGUUUUAUCUUUGUGAUUUGGCUGAUCGCGAUUCUGUCGGCAGUACCGCAGGCGCUGCAAUUCGGUGUCACCAACCAAGGUGGAAUCGAUCAAUGUGUGGUGAAGCGCAUCAUCAUUCAGCACUCCUUUGAGCUUUCUACUUUUUUGUUCUUUUUCGCACCAAUGACGCUCAUUACUGUACUGUAUGCGUUGAUCGGAUUGAAACUGCGCUCAUCCACGCUGAUGCAACGCGACGGUACAUUGCAACGACGUAACCAUUUUAUGCCAAGUUCUCGUCAGUCAUCCGCCAACAGCCAGGGCACACGUCGCGUUCUUAAAAUGCUUGUCGCUGUUGUAGUUGCAUUCUUCCUUUGCUGGGCUCCAUUCCACGCACAACGGCUCGUAUACAUCUACGGAGUAGAUAAGGACCAUCAGCCCUCGGACCCACUAAUUCUGAAAUUGUUCGUCGUCACAACUUAUAUAUCCGGCAUUCUCUAUUAUCUGUCGACGUGUAUAAAUCCCCUGUUGUACAACAUCAUGAGCAACAAAUUCCGACAAGCGUUCAAGGAGACGUUGUCCAACUGCUGUCAAAUUGCGCGUCAAUCAAAUAGUGCACAGCGAUCAUACCGAAUACUGCCCCGACGGGAACGACGUUCUGCUGCAAACAAGGAAUCUUCCGAUAUCUCAGGCAACUCCAUUAAGGACGAAAGCCUGUACUCAUGCUCUACUCAGAAACAAUCCUUCGAUUCCAUAACGCUAAUCCGAGGACAAUCACUUAAGCGUACAUCGUCGACAACGGUGAUUGGUGCACAAGAAAGUGUUCUUUCCAUGCCGAUCGCCUACACCGCCCUCUACCAUAACUGCCACCAGCCUCAUGCACACGUUUUGCAAAAUAACUACCACCACGGACAGGAACAUGUUUUCAUUUCGCCGUCAUAUUGGCAAAGACCAACAUAUAAUGUGCUACCUUCUAGUAAGCCUGGUCGUCCAGAGCUGGAUUUGUAUACGCAGGAGCGGGAACUUCAAUUGAACAUAAAUACAUCAUCGAUAGAUUCCAGAUCCACAGGCUGCCUCAAUGGAAGCGAAGAUUCCGAGCAACUUGCUGAUCGUAUACUUAAGCGUGUCAGUAUCCAGUUCAAUCCGAUAAGUACGGGAAAUCGUGCUGGACUUAAAACUGAAUUUUCAGAUAUGCACAUUAUGGCAAGAGGCAAGCGGCUAUCGGAGCGCAGUGACACUUUGUGGCUGCUCUGUAAGCAGCCACGGGGUCAGGAUGGUCGCAUCGAAAUAUUUGUGCGGAACCGUCAAAGAAAGCAACAGCGCAGCCGCUUACGGUUGUGGCGUUUCUUUCAACAUAUGCGUCCACUGCGCCAGACCCCCGGAACUAGUAUUGGAAGGCAAAAAUUUACGUCAUCUUCUGGCACAGUCGUUCGUUUUUACGAUGGUCCUUCGACAGAUGCACCAUCUUUGGCCGAAGAUCAAUUACUUGAUAAUGAAGUUGCAACCGUUGCGGUUGAUGGAAAGCAUAUUGUCGGUGCUGAGAAUAAAAUCUGUGAAAACCACUUUAUUCUAGACGACGUCCUCGAAGCCUACUAGUUUCGCGAAACCAUUAACCGUUAGACAUUUGAUGUAUUAUAGAGGCAUUAGCGAAAUUUGUUGGGUGCACUAGUAACAUAUAGGCUAAAUUUACAAGCAGUAAAGAACCGGUUCCGGUAUGCGCUGUUUUUGUCGAUUUACAUAAGAAGUAUCAGACAUAUUUUGCACUAGAUCAUAUUGGAAAAAGUGGUAGCGAGCAACAUAGCUUCGAUUGAUGUAUAAUAAUAUUCAUUCCACACUUCUCCAUACGAGAUACUUGAGAAAAUAUAUGCAUUAAAAAAAACGAA